AUGGCUUCCAGAUCGGUGGAACCGUUAGAAUUGACGGUUGGGUUCUCACGAGAAACGACGGCGGGGUUCUUGUGGUGGGACAAUGACGACAGAGGUUACUUCUGGUGGCCUACAGCGAAUGGCGAGGUCCACUGGCUAACGAUUCGGAGAGAGAAGCCAUAUUUUGUUGAUCUUUUGAAUUCUCAAAAAGACUCAAACGGUUCUGAGAAUCCGAUUCUUCCAAAUACAUUCUCUUCUCAGCCUGUCCACUUUACCUCUUCCUUCUCUUCUCAGCCACUUCACUUUAGCCAGUCCUUUUCUUCUCAGCCAGUUCACUUUAGCCCUGCAUCUCAAUCUGAAGAGUGUAUCGAGGUUACAGUAGAUGAGACUGAAGAAGACAGAGGCAGAGGAGUUAGGAAGCGGUGGAGUGCAGAGGAGGAUCUGAAUCUCAUAAGCGCUUGGUUAAACACUAGCAAAGAUCCUGUUGUCAGUAACGAUCAGCGGCUAAAUAGUUUCUCGAAGAGGAUUGCAGAUUAUUACAAAUCAAAUGAUGGUGCAUCCGGUUCAAACGCAAGAGGUCCUUCGCAAUGUAAGGCUAGGUGGAGCAAGAUAAACCACCAAGUCAACAAUUUUGGUGGGUGUUACACACAAGCGAGUUCAAGAAAGAAGAGUGGAGAAUCAGAAGAUGAUGUCAUUAGCAUGGCGUAUGAGCUUUACAAGAAUGAUCAGAAGAAGCCAUUUUAUCUAGGACAUUGCUGGAGGGAACUCAAGAAUGAUCAGAAAUGGAUCACGGAGGAAUGUAGCCAUAAGCUGACUAAGCUUGCUCCAGAAGGAGCAUACAUACCCGGUUCGAGCAAUGAUGGAGCUGAAAUGAGGCCUCUGGGGGUUAAAGCUUCCAAGGAAAAAGGGAGGAAACCGACAAUGAGUAAUGAAGUGGAGGAUGGUUCAGUGGUUAAGCUACAUAAGAUCAUAUCAAUGAAGGAUCAAGAACAAGCGGCUAAAGAAAGGCACGACAAAAUGAGAUUGCUAUAUAGUUUGGUUAACAAGAGUGAACUAACCCCUGCUGAAGAACGCCUUAGAGACAAACUCCUUGAUCAAAUGUCCAACAUUUAG